UUGUUUUCUUGUCACUUGGGAACAGUGAGUCAUUCCUUCUGAUAUGCUCAAAUGGUAACCCUUCCGAAGAAAUCAAAGAAGACCAAAAGGAAGGCCAAGAAGUUCAAGAAACGCAAACAGGUGAGUCUGGUCCCUGUUGUGCCCAGAACUAGUGAGAACGAUUGGUGGGACUCUUUCUGGCACAAGAAUUCUACUGCCCCAGGAUACUCUGUACCUGCUGAUGAAGCUGAAGGGUUUAAGUAUUUCUUUAGGGUGUCAAAGACUACUUUUGAAUACAUAUGUUCUCUUGUAAGGGAGGAUCUCAUAUCAAGGCCUCCAUCAGGGCUCAUCAACAUAGAGGGGAGGCUUCUUAGUGUUGAGAAGCAGGUUGCCAUUGCCCUUAGAAGGUUGGCAUCUGGUGAAUCUCAAGUCUCAGUUGGAGCUGCCUUUGGGGUUGGACAGUCAACAGUUUCUCAGGUGACUUGGAGAUUCAUCGAAGCACUGGAGGAACGCGCUAAACAUCAUCUCAAUUGGCCUGAUUUCAAUAGAAUGCAAGAAAUCAAGUUUGGUUUUGAAGCAUCCUAUAGGUUGCCUAAUUGCUGCGGAGCUAUUGAUGCAACACACAUCAUGAUGACCCUUCCAGCUGUCCAAACCUCGGAUGAUUGGUGUGAUCAUGAAAAAAAUUACAGCAUGUUGUUACAGGGAAUUGUCGAUCAUGAAACGAGAUUUAUUGAUAUUAUGACAGGUUUCCCUGGGGGCAUGACAUUUUCCAGAUUGUUGAAGUGUUCAGCAUUUUACAAACUCUCAGAGAAUGGGGAGCGUUUAAAUGGAAAUGCAAGAACUUUAGGUGGAGAUGUGAUAAGAGAAUAUGUAGUUGGUGGGUACAGCUAUCCUCUUCUUCCAUGGCUAAUGACUCCUUAUGAAACUAAUGGCAUAUCAGAUUCACAAUCCACUUUUAAUUACAAACAUGAGGCAGCAAGGCUACUUGCAGUAAGGGCAUUCUCACUGUUAAAGGGAAGUUGGAGAAUCCUGAGUAAGGUUAUGUGGAGACCUGAUAAGAGGAAAUUGCCCAGCAUUAUCUUGACAUGUUGUUUGCUUCAUAAUAUAAUCAUUGACUGCGGUGACUCCUUACAUCCAGAUGUUGCCUUGUCAUGUCAUCAUGAUUCAGGAUAUAAAGAACAGUAUUGCAAGCAAGUUGAUCCUUCAGGAAGGACCAUGCGUGAAAAUUUGGCUAAGCAUUUAAAUCAUGGAAUGCAAUAAGAUGUUCAUCGGAUCUAGAAUAUGAGCAUUCUGUUGUUGAACUUAGACAUGAGUUUUUUUUUUUUUUUCCUUCCCUUUUUUUGUCAGGGGUUGACUCCUUUUGUUGUUGUUGAACGUUAACUUUUUAUUGUUAUUGGAAGAUAUG